CCCCUCCCUCCUCCCUCCCUCCUCCCUCUUCCCUCUUCCUCCUUUCUGAACCCCGCGGCCCUCCCUGGGCUGGCCGCCGCCCCGCCCGUGAGGGCUGGCGCGGAGCAGCGCCGCUUGGCGUCGGGCGCCGCGGGGCCCCAGCGGCGGCCCAGGGCCGCUUCGUUCGCUGCGAUGCUACUGCGCACACUUGACCCACGCCGCGGAGAGCCUCGUUCUCGGAGGCGCCCAUCCGCGGCGUCCAGCUGCCGGGCGAGGCUCCGCGCGCGACGUUUGUCGGCGCAGGGCCUCGCGGUGUACGAUACUGAUGUGCAGGAAUUUUUCUGCGACGGGCCAGGCAAGUGUCUCGUUCACACGCCUCCUUUUGUUGACUCUGUGCUUUGCGGGGCCUAGUUCUCAGCUCUCCGCAAGGAAGGGACGCACCUGAAUGAUAGAAUCGUCACGGACAAGCCUCGCAAGAUUCGGUCUCGAUCGCUUCAUGCAUUGCCUCUCGAUGCCAUUAGCUCAAGACGGUAACGCAGCAGUCUGCGAGACAGGACGCCAAAGCGGCGUCGUAUUGUCG